UCGAGAUUCAUACCUCGACACUUGGAUAUAAAGGCAACCGAUGCCGUUCCCCAGAGUUCCCCAGACGGCCCGGAAACGAUGAGCACCAUUAACCGGAAUUCAGUCGCACAGAAUGCCUUGGACACAAGCAUCCCCUAAGCCACGUUGCCGUGAUUCACAUGAUCAUCCACAAGGUACAGCCCAGUUAUGACGGUGGGCAAUUUAGCGUUCUUCAACAGGCGCAGAUCUGUGGAUGUCGUUCGUUGACCGGGCAGACGAGAUUCCCACUCUCUGGUUGUCUCACUUACCUAACAAGCUUUCUUGCAUGUCAAUGGGGAGCACAGGAAUCGCUCAGACUUGGGGCUUUGCGAGGCUUCGACAGCCCGUUUCUUCGCCGGCACCUACACCGAUGGCUACACUGGCACUGACUGGAUGCGACACGAACAGCACCGAGUGCCGCCAUCUCCUAGCGUUCCGACACGGUAUCACAGCCCAAAGAAUGCCCGCCGUUGCCGGGUGGUCAAAGGGUUUAUAUAUCCUAUCGAAGCACAAAAUAUCCACAGCGAUGGCGAUUAUCGGUGGACGGCGGCGUGCUUGACAGGGGGCGACUCGGACCGUCCUCCCUUCUCGUUGGGUAUCCCAGUUGCUGAAUGUCAGAUGCAUGUAGAUGUGCCUGGCUGGGCAAUGCGAUGAAUUAGGCAGAGCUGUCGUUAACUAUGCGAGCAACGACUUACCGCGCUUACUUGCUAGCCAUUGGUUGAACUUCAUCUUGAGUUAGGAUCUUGGUGUCGUCGAUGGGCGUCAACUCUGGGCGUGAAGAGGAAACCCUUGACAAGCACCUAAAUCGCGUCUCUCAGGGUAGAAGAAAACGGUAGUACGCAUACAUCCUUCGGGGAGGCCUUUCCCAUCCCGUCGUGGUAUGUUUUGUGGGUAGCUGCCGAUGUGAGGUUGGGGAUAUAUCGCUUGGUCGCAUUGGCGGGUUUGGUUCUCAUGACUGCCCCUCCCAUCCAAGGCGUCUGAUAGGAAGAAGCAGAGUGCGUAUGUGCACCCGGGGCGCCCGCAUUGCGGCAGUGAAUGUGGUGCAAGUCGGCUUUGAUCAAUGGAUGACAUGGCGUAGUCCCGCAGCCGAGAGGAAGCAUACUGCAGCAGUCGUUUCUGAGGAGAAGAGAUGCGGCAUUGGCUCGUGAAUGGCGUCACAUUUGACAAGUAUGCACCUCGACUAUCGCCAUUGGUUUCUGGGCAAUAGGAUGGUGGUUCACUGCCCCCGAAUCUGCCUCGUCUGCUUGCCUCUUGGACGGCGGCCCGUAUCAUUUGGCGCCAUACGGUGCUCUUGUUGCCAGUCAUCCAAGUAGCCUCGAGUUUGCAACUUG